UAGUUUCUACGUCGACACCGACGACUCGCCAUACGUUCGAAAUGAGAAAUUUGCUUCGAUUCUCGGCCGCUAUCUUCAUAAUCGGCACGUACAUUAUUAGCGGGGACGAUAAAUCCGUCGCCACUGUGAUGGCUUGGGAGUUCUCAUUCCCAGAUCACCACUGCAGCGACCUCCCGAUUCAAGAAUGGAGCGGGCUAGGGAAGGCGCGGGCCGAGCUGCUCUCGGACCUGGUCAAGCUCCACUGGCAGCCGCGGUAUCGGUUCAAGCACUUGACGUGCAUCAGGGAGACGAGGGAGAAGGCUACCAUGUGGGCUCGAGUCGAUUGCAACGUCGAUCCGUCGUCCGAUUACUGUAACAAAUGUCUCAUCGCGGCGAAGAACUUCUUGGACGGCAACUGCAAGUACUUCACCGGCGGCCGUGUUGUCGAGAUAUACAACACUUGUGUCAUGUCUUUUGCUGAUUACGACGUUUGUGCUAGCUAGUAGUUGGUUGGUUGGUUAUGUGUAAUAGCUUCAUUACCUAGUUGAUUUAUUUGUGAAUCAUUAUCACGUCUUUUUUAUUGGCAACAAGAAGAACUUGGAUCGAAGAUUGAACUUAGUUUCUUGAUGAUGUAUCGCAUUGGUUAGAGGAUUUAUUCCUAUAGAUCAUUGCGAAAAAAGUUUUUUUUUUUUCUCGAAAGGGUUUGUUUCUAUAGGUCAUCGCUCAUCAAUUCAAAAGGGUAUAUUCCAAAUAAUUAUUGUGAAAAAUAUUGUUUUCAACACUUACAGUAGUUGUUAGCAACGUGUGUGAUAUGCACAUUAUGCUCAUAUUGUGCCUCAUUGUGAAACAAGAUGGAACAUGGCUUACGUUUGGAUGGAUAGAUCACCGAUUAUGUUAGUCGAUCGCCUGAGACACGAUUUUUAAUGUAAUGGUUUCCACUAAUUAAUAAGAGCUCUAUUACAGG